AUGGCUGUCCCAAACGUGCCCCCUUUCAAGGUCGCUGCCGUCCAGGCUGAGCCUGUCUGGCUCAAUGCCAGGGCCACAGCUGAAAAGACGUGUACGCUGAUCAAAGAAGCAGCAUCCAGUGGCGCCAAGCUCGUCGCAUUUCCCGAGCUCUGGAUCCCAGGCUACCCAUACUUCCUGUGGGUCAAGGACUUUGGAUCGUCGAUGCCUUUCAGCAUGAAGUACGCUGCCAAUGCGCUGACAGCCGACUCGCCCGAGAUUCAGCUGAUCAAGGAUGCCUGUGCUGCCAAUUCCAUCUGGACGUCAUUUGGUUUCGCCGAGAGAAGAAACGGAUCAAUGUACAUGUCGAAUUGCAUCAUCAACAGCGAGGGAAGCAUCGUCAAUAUCCGACGCAAGAUCAAGCCGACUGGGCUCGAGAGGGUCUUGUUCGGCGAAGCGUCAGGUGACGCGCUCGACAACGUCGUCACCACUCCCUUUGGGCGCGUGGGCAAUCUGCAGUGCUGGGAACACAUCCAGCCCCUGCUCAAGUACCACACGUACUCGCUGCACGAACACAUCCACGUCGCUUCGUGGCCUGGCUGCUUCCCGCUCAAUGGAGGCGAGCCAUACUCGAUGACCAGCGGCGGUGUCAAGGCUCUGUCUUCCGUGUACGCCAUCGAAGGUGGCUCUUUCACCGUCAUGACGACGCAGCUGGUCACGGAGGAGCAUGCCGAGGCAGUCGGUCUCGACUACCGACCCAAUGGACCCUCCGAUCACGAUUUCUUCCUUCCGCCUGGUGGAGGCUGCGCUGCCAUCUUUGCGCCGGAUGGGCGCGAAUUGACCGCACCUCUGCCAUGCGCAGAGGAGGGCAUCCUCUACGCCGAAAUCGACUACUCGAUGUCAAACGCGACCAAGCUGCUUGCUGAUUGCGUCGGUCACUACAGUCGCCCCGAUCUACUUCGACUGUCGGUCAACCGUCAAGUGCAGAGCGUGCUUGCCUCGGGGGAGACGAAGCAGCCAGAUGUGACCGAAUUCACUGCACAAGCAUGAAGCACAGCGUGCCCAAUGCGCGCCUCGACUUUCAAAGGUGCAAGCGAUCUCGCUGCAAACUCUCCCGUCGCGUGUUCAUUCCACAGUCGCGUGUUCAUUCCACAGCAGUCGCGGAUUGUGACGUAUGCCAGAACAGUGCAGAGUGUGACGCGACAGACCGAGUGCACUCCAGUCACUGAUCUCUGCCACAGUUUGAUCUGAAAUCGUUUGCCACAGUUUGAUUUGAAAUCGUUUGCCAAAGUUUUUCAGAGCUUCUCUGUUGACCGACCGAAAGACAUGGUCCAGCGGAAGCCCGGGAAUGAGUGCGAUUCCCUACGUGAAGCAAAAGGAAAUGGGUGGACGCGCUGCGUUCGGUGAUGAGACAAUUGAUUUG